UAAGAUUUAUUUGUUAGAAAAUUAGAUAUUGAUCGAGAUGGUUAGAAAAAUAAUUCACUAAUUUUUCUAUUACCAAUCGAUAGUUGAUAGCUGAAUUUUAUAACUUACUGAGAAUGAGAUUAAAAAAUAUAUAUCCAUAAUUUAACCCCUCUAACCCAAAACCAAAGCCCCAAAGCAAAACCAUUUCUUCAACUAUUAUAGGGAUAUGUCUGUUUCCUUCUCUUCCCUUCAGCUCUUCCGUCAAAAACCUCUCUUUUCUAGCCUUUAUUGGAACCAAAGGGCAACUGGGUUGUGGAGAAGCACAAAUUUUGUGAGGAGUAUUGCUGUUAAGGCAGGCCCAAAGAGGGUAUCUUUUGGUAAAGAAUGCAGGGAGGCCUUGCAAGAUGGGACUGAUAAGCUGGCUGAUGCUGUUUCUCUCACCUUAGGACCUAGAGGCCGUAAUGUUAUUCUUUCUGAGUCUGGAUCGCUUAAAGUAAUUAAUGAUGGUGUUACAAUUGCUCAAUCCAUAGAGCUUUCAGAUGCAAUUGAGAAUGCAGGAGCAAUGCUAAUCCAAGAGGUUGCAACUAAAAUGAAUGAUUUGGCUGGUGAUGGUACAACUACUGCAAUUGUUUUGGCUCGAGCAAUGAUCAAAUCUGGGAUGCUGGCAGUUGCUUUUGGGGCUAACCCAGUUUCUUUGAAGAAAGGAAUGGAUAAGACUGUGAAAGAAUUGGUCAAGGUCUUGAAGAAGAAAAGUGUGCCAGUAAGAGGAAGAGAUGAUAUAAAAGCUGUGGCCACAAUUUCUUCUGGAAAUGAUGAAUUUGUUGGGAACUUAAUUGCUGAAGCUAUAGAAAAGAUUGGCCCUGAUGGAGUUAUCUCUAUUGAGUCAUCUUCAUCAUUUGAGACCUCUGUAAUAAUAGAAGAAGGAAUGAAGAUUGACAAGGGUUACAUGUCACCCCAUUUCAUUACAAACCAUGACAAAUCUAUAGUGGAGUUUGACAAUGCCAAAGUCCUAGUAACUGAUCAGAAGAUUUCAACUGUCAAAGAAAUUGUUCCUUUACUAGAAAAGACUACUCAACUGAGUGUCCCACUGCUAAUCAUUGCAGAGGAUAUCUCCAGGCAAGUACUGGAAACACUAGUGGUGAACAAAAUGCAAGGUUUACUAAAUGUUGCUGUUGUCAAAUGUCCAGGAUUUUUAGAAGGAAAGAAAGCUCUUUUGCAAGAUAUUGCACUUAUGACAGGUGCUGAUUUUCUCUCUGGAGAUUUGGGUCUGACGCUUGAAGGUGCAACUUCAGAUCAGCUUGGUAUUGCACGAAAAGUUACCAUAACCUGUAAUUCAACGACCAUUGUUGCUGAUCCUACUACUAAAGCCGAAAUACAGGCAAGAAUUUUGCAAAUCAAGAAGGAUCUAGCAGAAACAGAUAAUGCAUCCUUGUCAAGAAAGCUCUCUGAAAGAAUUGCUAAACUCUCUGGCGGUGUGGCUGUGAUUAAGGUAGGAGCACACACUGAGGUGGAGCUUGAAGAUCGGAAACUCAAAAUUGAAGAUGCAAAAAAUGCCACAUUUGCUGCCAUGGCUGAAGGAAUAGUCCCUGGUGGUGGUGCUACGUACAUUCAUCUCUUGGAACUGAUUCCCAUCAUAAAGAAUUCUAUGGAAGAUCUAGAUGAGCAGAGUGGUGCAGAUAUUGUGGCAAAGGCUCUCCUUGCACCUGCAAAAUCAAUUGCUUCUAAUGCUGGAGUCGAUGGAGAAAUUGUUGUAGAGAAGACUAGAACUUGUAAUUGGCAAACUGGAUACAAUGCAAUGACAGGCAGAUACGAAGAUCUUCUCAGUGCUGGAGUUGCAGAUCCUUGUCGUGUUUCAAGGUGUGCACUUCAAAAUGCAGUGUCAAUUGCGGGUGUAGUUCUAACCACUCAAGCUGUGUUGGUGGAAAAGAUAAAGAAGCCUGAGCCAGCUAUCCCUCAUGUUCCAGGCAUAACUCCUUAAAGAAAAGAUGGGAAGAGAUUAGUUGUAAAGCUAGUUGAAAGAAGAGAGAGGCUCGUAUGUGUCACAUUGGUUUGAAACAAACAAUUUGAAUUUUCUUGGUUUGGACUUGAGAUGAUGAUUAAAGAAGCUUUAGAAGCUGUCGAGAGGCUGGACAAGUCAGCUUUCAAUCUGACUUUUGGAUUGCGAGAGUAUUAAAAGCCAUACAUGAAGAAAGGGAUUGCAUGUCCAGUAGCAGUCAGCCUAUUAAUCUUCGUAAUCUCAUUCAACAUGUAAGAUUCCUUUUUCUUUUUUCUUUUUUUUCCUUUUUUUUUGGUUUUGUUUUUGGGUACUCUGUUUUUGGACUUUGUAUUAUACUGCAAUAAUAAUGAUGAGGGUAUCUUAAAGAAAUUUCUUUAUUCUUCUUCCUUAA